CCCGGAUAUCCGAGCGCUGCGACCGGAUCCGCUGAUCCCAGAGGUUCUACGAGCGGCGGAUGGCUGUCGAUAUUCAACCAGCAUGCCUUGGACUUUAUUGUGGGAAGACCCUGUUAUUUAAAAAUGACUCAACUGAAAUAUAUGGAGAAUGUGGGGUGUGCCCAAGAGGACAGAGAACAAACGCACAGAAAUAUUGUCAGCCUUGCACAGAGUCUCCAGAACUUUAUGAUUGGCUCUAUCUUGGGUUUAUGGCUAUGCUUCCUCUUCUUUUACACUGGUUUUUCAUUGAAUGGUACUCUGGGAAAAAGAGUUCCAGUGCACUUUUCCAACAUAUCACUGCAUUAUUUGAAUGCAGUAUGGCAGCUAUUAUCACCUUACUUGUGAGUGAUCCAGUUGGUGUUCUUUAUAUCCAUUCAUGCCGAGUAUUGAUGCUUUCUGAUUGGUACACAAUGCUUUACAAUCCAAGUCCAGAUUACAUUACCACAGUGCACUGUACUCAUGAAGCUGUCUACCCACUAUACACCAUUGUAUUUAUCUAUUAUGCAUUCUGCUUGGUGUUAAUGAUGCUGCUUCGACCUCUUCUGGUGAAGAAGAUUGCGUGUGGGUUAGGGAAGUCUGAUCGAUUUAAAAGUAUUUAUGCUGCACUUUACUUCUUCCCGAUUUUAACCGUGCUUCAGGCAGUUGGCGGAGGCCUUUUAUAUUAUGCCUUCCCAUAUAUCAUAUUAGUUUUAUCUUUGAUUACUCUGGCUGUGUACAUGUCGGCUUCUGAAAUAGAGAACUGCUAUGAUCUUCUGGUCAGAAAGAAAAGACUUAUUGUUCUGUUCAGCCACUGGUUACUUCAUGCUUAUGGAAUAAUCUCCAUUUCCAGAGUGGAUAAACUUGAGCAAGAUUUACCCCUUUUGGCUUUGGUACCUACACCAGCCCUUUUUUACUUGUUCACUGCAAAAUUUACUGAACCUUCAAGAAUACUCUCAGAAGGAGCCAAUGGACACUGAAUGUAAAAUGCCAAAAAACCUAAGAAGUGUUCUUAAUAAAAAAGUAAAUAAAUUUUAAAAGUGUGUUAGUACUAUCCUGUCAUACAUGGGAACAAGACUGUUAUUACAUCUUAAUGUUUAUGGUUUUAUUGUUUUUGUUUUUUGACUUAACAGACUUUAUGGAUAGAUUUGGAAAAUACAAAAUUCCGUAAUAGUCUGUUACAUAAUAUAAUGCCUAUUACACUAGAAGCCUGUUAGGAAGCACUUGCCUUUCUCAACAGUUCAGUUAUUCUUUAGAGCAAAAUUAUAUUUCUGUGUACCUAGCAAUGUGUUGUUCCCGUUUUACUAAGAAAAACUUAAGUAUAAUCUAAAAUCCUUAGCCGUGGCAUAAUCAUGCACGCCUGUUGUGUUUCAAUUAGUUUUUCACCUAUAAUGAAUUAUAAAGACAUACAUACUUUGGGGUCUGAUAAGUAUGCUAUUAGAAAUAAAAUACUUUGUUUUUUAUUAUCUAUUUAUU